AUGGAACCAAAACCAUGGGUGAGUCUAUUCAAAGGUAGUUCACUCCCUUCUAAAGGUUUUGCGUUGAAUUUUAUUGCUCCCACAGUCUGUGAUGGUAAACCCAUAGCUGUACUUGAUAAGCAUGAGAUACAAAAAAUGAAUGAUCUAUGGGGAAAUGCAGUUGUCAUGUAUGUAGUUGGGGAAAAACCUUCGAUUGGGGCUAUUUUGAGAUUCAUUGCAAAAGAAUGGCACCAAGUUGGUAAACCUCAGAUUUUCCUCCAUGAUGAGGGCUAUUUUGUAAUCAGAUUCCAGUCAAAGAAGGAUAAGGAAUCAGUUCUGGUGGCUGGUCCUCAUAUGUUCUUUGGCAAACCUAUGAUUGUUAAACCUUGGACAGCAAGUUUUAAUUUCCAGGAGGAAAUAUUGAGGGUAGUUCCAGUGUGGGUUAGGUUGCCUAACUUACCACUGAGCUGUUGGGGGGGUGAUUCAUUGAGCAGAAUAGGGAGUUUGCUUGGAGAUCCUCUAUAUGCUGAUGAAUGUACUUCUAAACAGCAAAGAAUUUCAUUUGCUCGAAUUCUCAUUGAGGUGGAUGUAACUGGUGACUUGCCUAAAUCUGUGCAGAUUCAGGACCCUAUGGGUAACAUUGUUAAACAGGUGGUUGAGUUUGAAUGGCUACCACCUUAUUGCCAGAAGUGUAAGAUUGUGGGGCAUGACUGUACUCAGACACGAGUCAAUACCACAAGAUUUAGGCCAGCUGAUGUUCAGAGAAAGAAGGUUGUGAAGGAUGAUGGGGAGAAUGGAGAGUUAUCUGUUUAUGAUAAGCCUUUUACUCCAAUUGCUCCAGUGCUUGAUGAAGGGUGGAGAGUUGUUUCAAGGAGAAGAAGAGAUAUUAGAACUCCAGCUCAGACUGUGGGGCUUGCUGAAGUCCAUUUGAAUGGGGAGGAAUUGGUUGCUGGUGGUGAGGGAGUGGAAUUCCCAAUUGAUCCACCAUGA